AUGCUCAUCAAAGUCCGCACCCUCACCGGCAAGGAGAUUGAACUGGACAUUGAAGCCGACUACAAGGUCUCAAGAAUCAAGGAGCGUGUGGAAGAGAAAGAGGGCAUCCCUCCCGUGCAACAGCGUUUGAUCUACGGAGGAAAGCAGAUGGCCGAUGAGAAGACCGCCGCAGACUACCAGCUCGAAGGCGGGAAUACACUGCAUUUGGUGCUGGCGCUACGUGGCGGAUGCUGA